CUUGCAAACUGAUCCCAUAAAGAAGCAGUCUAAUAAGAGAAGGGAGGCUCAGUGGCAGCGCGAAUCUUGUAGUUUGUGGGAAUAUCAAAGAAGGAAAGUAAGAGAUGAAGCAUUCAUCCACAAUGAAGCAGCAACUGCAGAAGGAGAUCAGUUUGCUGAAGAGUCUGAGCCGCCAUGAGGCAAGGAAGCUUGGCUGCGGUGCAAUUGCAGGGGGAUGCUUCCUCCUCCUCGUCUUCUUUCUUGCUGUUUUUAGUGCCUUCUUUGGUCCUGUGCAUGACUAUGAAUUAAAGCUGAAUAUUGGGACUGAUCUGUUCUUGGCGAAGAUUGAAAGCCCACUCGUUCAAGAAUCAACUAUGAAACCACUGUCAGAAAGUCUGGAAAUGGAGAAUAAAACCAGGAAGAGUAAUCAGCCAGAGGAAUCAAGGGAAGCCAAGAAUGUCACAGUUAUUGAAAGAAAAGACCAUUUACAAUCAGAGAACUUGAAUUCUUUGGAGACAAAGACAAGUCCAAACAUGACAAGGACAGAAAUGAAAGAGGAAACGAUAUCUGUCUGUGAUUUGUCACAACGAAGAUCAGAUUUUUGUUACAUUGAAGGUGACAUUAGAGUUGACAGAGAUUCCUCAACAAUUUACUUUGUAAAUCCUCACGCCGAGAUCCCAUCCGAUGGAUUCUGGAAAAUCCGACCUUAUGCUCGAAAAACCGAUCAAAGGGCGAUGAGUUCAGUUACAGAGCUAAAAGUGAAACCACUAAUGAAUUCUCGGGAUCUUCCUUCGUGCUCAGUGACUCACAGUGUUCCAGUCAUUGUGUUCUCCACAGCUGGAUACAAUGGGAACCUUUUCCAUGACUUCUCAGACGUUAUAAUCCCUCUCUUCCUUACUUCCCACCACUAUAAUGAGGAAGUGCAGUUCAUGAUCACGAACGGAAAGACCUGGUGGAGAAACAAGUAUGGCAAACUGCUAAGACAACUCUCUCACUACGAGAUCAUCGACUUUGACAAUGAUCACAGAGUCCAUUGCUUCACAAAGCUAAGAGUUGGCCUAACUGAGCACAAGGAAUUUAGCAUAGACCCAAAAAUCAAAUCCUUUAAUGGCUACAGCUCCAUGCAGGAAUUCAGGAAUCUAAUGAUGGAUUCCUACUCAUUGAGCAGAAGAACAGUAACUCAAAUCAGAGAUGGGGAGAAGAGAAAGCCAAGGCUCUUGAUACUAUCACGUAAUCGAACGCGAAAACUCAGGAAUGUGCAAGAGACGAUCAAAUUGUCGAAGAAAUUGGGCUUCGAGGUCGUGGUUGCCGACGACGGCAUGACAAGAGAUCUCUCGAGAUUUGCAAGAAUUGUGAACUCCUGUGACGUGAUGAUGGGUGUUCAUGGCGCUGGAUUCACCAACAUGGUCUUCCUCCCUGCCGGUGCAGUGAUCAUUCAGAUUGUUCCCUAUGGUAGGCUAGAUUGGAUCUCCACUGUCUUCUUCGCAAGGCCUGCAAAGGACAUGAAGCUCAAGUACUUGGAAUAUGACAUAAGCAUGGAAGAGAGCAGCCUGAUAGAACAGUAUCCUUCAGAUGAUCCUGUGCUGAAGGACCCCAUUUCGGUGCACAGGAAAGGUUGGAACGUUGCUGCAGGCAUUUACUUGUUCAGGCAGGACGUAAAACUCAAUUUGAAUAGGUUUAAAGGCGUUUUGGUAGAUGCCAAGAAGCUUCUGCAUCAGAAAAUUUGAUGUAUUUGCUUCUGCAAUCUUAUUCCAGCAGCUCCUUUUUUAGUUCUUGGUUAUAUAUGUUCUGGGUAUCCCAUCAAGCCAGUAAGGAAUCUCUCAAAUGCUUCAGUAGAUGCCAAGAAGCUUCUGCAUCAGAAAAAAUUGAUGUAUUUGCUUCUACGAACUUGUUACAGUAGCUCGAUUUUUUACUUCUUAAUCAUAUAUUUUCUAGGUACCCCAUCAAGCCAGAAAAGAACCUCUCAAACGCUUUGCAUCUUUAUUUAAUGUAUGAUGCCAAACUUA